AUGGGCUGGGACUGGCCGGGGCCCUGCUGGGGCACGGAGCCUGGCUUGGUGGGGUUGGCCGGCAAGGCCGAGGAGGUUGGUGGCAGUUCCUGGAAGUCCCUGUCACCAUCAUCUGCUGAAGACGAUCACAGCUACCCCCGGGAGCCUCAGCUUAAGUCAGACCCUGUCCGGGAGCUCACGGCCCCGCUUCAGAGCCUGGACCUGGAGCUGCAGCAGAGGGAGCAAGACAGUCGGGACAUCGUGUGUGGCAUCUGCAUGGACAAGGUGUGGGACAAGCCAGAGGCCGAGCGGAUCUUCGGCAUCCUGCCCAACUGCACCCACGCCCACUGCCUGGGCUGCCUGCGCACCUGGCGGAAAAGCCAGCACAACUUCCCGCUGGCCGUUAUCAAGGCCUGUCCCCAGUGCCGGGUCCAUUCCAGCUACAUCAUUCCCCACAAGUUCUGGGUGAGCAAGGGGGCUGAGAAGGAGCAACUCAUCAGGAACUUCAAGGCUCGGACCAGCCAGAUCCGAUGUCGGUUCUUCGUGCAGGGGAAUGGCCGCUGCCCCUUCAAGUCUGAUUGUAUUUAUCUGCACCAGCUACCGGAUAAAGCCCUGUCCUCUGAUUCUCCCUGGACUGAGAGUAUGCAGCUGACCUCUGGGAGUGAGGUGCCGGGCCCAACAGGGUACCCAGGGGGCAUCGAGCCGAAGGACGAAGCAUUCCUCGUGGACUGUGCCCUGGCCAUGGCCUUCUGGGGUUCAGAACUCUUACCGGAUCCCAAUAAUUCCUGCCUUGGCCUGUUGUGA